CUACUGGCAUUCAUGAUGCCGUCCUAUUUACAUCACAAAGGUUGGCGGGCUACUCGACGUCACAGUUGUGCUUCAUUGGCCGUGUUCGUAGGAGCUCUCAAGCUCUCAAGCAAAGCUAGUUAUACAGCAACGCUCUGCCCGGUUAACCGGUCGAUUCCGUCCUCCAAGUCUCUUAUCAGCUUGCAAGGAAUGGCGGUUAACGAAGACAGUGAGGCUACCCUGUCACUGAACGACAUUCUGGAGGAUGACGAACUGCGAGAAGCUAUGUCGGUGUUGGCGGGCAGCGACCCUGAGAAAUGUUCAUAUCCCCAGGGCUAUGUGAAGAGGCAAGCUGUGUUUGCAUGCAACACUUGUACACCAAGGGGAGAAGAACCGGCAGGUCUUUGCCUUGCUUGUACCAACAAAUGUCAUGAUGGCCACGACAUCUUUGAGCUCUACACCAAAAGGAACUUCCGCUGCGAUUGUGGAAAUAACAAGUUUGGCGAGUUUCGGUGCAAGCUGAUUCCUAACAAAGACGGACGAAAUAUAAAAAACCAGUACAAUCACAACUUCCAUGGCUUGUAUUGCUUCUGUGACCGACCGUAUCCAGAUACAGAUGACCAGGUAGAUGAGGAGAUGAUUCAGUGCAUCAUCUGUGAGGAUUGGUUCCAUUCCAGGCACCUGGGCUCCACAGUGGAGGACUCGGAGGAGCUGCAGGAGAUGGUGUGUGAACCCUGCAUGAACAGAGCUCCCUUCCUGUGGACCUACGCCGCACACCUCGCAGUGAUCACUGUAAGCCCCUGUCAGGAGGUGGAUGUGGAGGAGGUUGAAGAGAAGGAGGAGGUGGAGGAGGAUGUGGAUGUGGUGGACAGUAGCGACCAGAAGGAGAAGAGGUGCAAUGGAGGCGAGGGGGCGUCUUCCAAGCCUGCCUGUCAGAAGCAGGAGAAAUUAAGGGAGGACGAGAACGGAAACUCCUCCUGCAAGCGAAGCCGUCAGGAGAGGUCCGGCAGCCCGGGGAAGGGCCAGGCCAGGCCUGUGGCCUGCAGGCUGAAGGAGCUGCAGGGCGGGGCCCUGAAAGGCGGGGCCCUGGAGAGGAGCAGGGAGGGAGCCGUGUUCUGGCCAUAUCACUGGCGUUCACAUCUCUGCACCUGCAUCACCUGUAAGAGGGCGUAUGUCCAGGCCGGAGUGCAGUUCCUAUUGGACGAGACGGACACCCUCCUGGCCUAUGAGAACAAAGGAAGGACGGAGCCGUUUGGCGAAGACCUGCUGACGUCAUGCCUGAGUUCCCUGGACCACAUCCAGCAGCUAGAGAUGAUUUACCAUUUCAAUGACCUGAAGACGGAACUGACUGAGUUCCUGCAGCAGUUUGCCAGUGAAGGAAAGGUGGUCACAGCUGAAGCCAUCCAGCAGUUCUUUGAGGAGCUGCAGGCCAGGAAGAGGCGCAGGACCAGUGGAGGGCAGCAUCACUGCACCUGAUGUCCUUCAGGACGCUGUAGCCCACCUGCUGAUACGCUGCUAGAACAACCAACUAACACCUUUUUCCUUUUGAAUAAAAGCUCAGAUUUAGGACACGUAUAUCAAUAUGUUUAUCCAUGUUAUAAUGGGUUUAGAUGUCUCCAAUAAGCAUUGAAUGUCCUCAAAAUGAAAGAUAUAAAAAGCAGUGGUCUGAAGAGCGAUGCACGGCUGUGUGGAUGUUCUCUGACAAAAGUUUCAAAGAUGUUUAAGUGCUUUUGUCAAUUUAGAAAUGUGUUCAUUCCUGUGAAUGUGAAGUUUAAUGCUGCUCUUUCUUGCAUGGUAAUAUACAGUCCUCUUGUUCUAACAGGAUUCAGUUUUCUGCUUUUAUACUUAUUUGUUGGCCAUAGUUUGUGUGAAUCUGAAUAAAUGAAAACAGUAUGAA